UGAUCGUAUGUAUCUCUCUCUCCUCUCUCUCAUCCACACUUGUUCAUAGAGAGAGAGAGAGAGAGAGAAAUGAAGUAAAACUAAAAACCCCAAUUCACUCACCAGCUUGAUCAAUUUCUCUCUCUCGAGAAGCUUUCAUGGAGUACUUCUCGAAGAAGUCAGCUCUCUGUGCUCUGUUUGGCUUCCUCUUAAUUCUGGCCUUGUGUUCUUCGCUGGGUUAUGCAGGUGAUAUAGUUCAUGAAGAUGAUAAAGCCCCAAAGAGGCCUGGUUGCAACAACAACUUCGUUCUGGUGAAAGUCCCAACGUAUGUUGAUGGUAGAGGAGUAAAUGAAUUUGUAGGUGUUGGUGCUCGCUUCGGCCCUACCUUGGAAUCUAAGGAGAAGCAUGCCAGCUAUGAUAGACUUGCCCUCGCAGAUCCACCUGAUUGUUGUAGUAAACCCCAAAACAAGCUUACAGGCGAGGUCAUCCUUGUGCACCGGGGUAACUGUAGUUUCGCAACUAAAGCAAAUGUUGCAGAAGAUGCUGGUGCUUCGGCCAUCCUCAUUAUAAACAACCAUACAGAACUUUUCAAGAUGGUUUGUGAAGCCAAUGAAACUGAUGUAGAUAUAGGCAUACCUGCUGUCAUGCUCCCACAAGAUGCUGGUGAAAACUUGGAAGAAAGUUUAAAGAACAACUCCCUUGUUACUGUGCAGCUAUACUCUCCAAAGCGCCCAUUGGUUGACGUAGCUGAAGUAUUUUUAUGGCUUAUGGCUGUUGGGACCAUCUUAUGUGCUUCUUAUUGGUCUGCAUGGAGUGCCAGAGAAGCAGCUAUUGAGCAGGACAAGCUUUUAAAGGAUGCUUCAGAUGAAUUUUUUAUCACGGAGGGCAAUGGUUCUAGUGGGGUUGUGGACAUUAGCACAACAUCAGCAAUUGUCUUUGUUUUGAUUGCUUCCGGAUUCUUAUUAAUGCUUUACAAGCUAAUGUCAGUCUGGUUUAUUGAUAUUCUGGUGGUUCUAUUUUCAAUUGGUGGGGCAGAGGGUUUGCAAACUUGUUUGGUGGCUUUCUUAUCGAGUUUCAGGUGGUUUGAUCAUGUUUCAGAAUCAUUUGUUAAAGUGCCCCUCCUUGGACCUGUCUCAUAUCUGACGCUAGCUGUCUCUCCAUUCUGCAUAGCAUUUGCUGUUGUUUGGGCUGUUUUUCGAAGUGUAUCCUUUUCUUGGAUAGGACAAGAUAUCCUUGGUAUUGCUUUGAUAAUCACAGUUCUCCAGAUUAUACGCGUUCCUAAUCUGAAGGUUGGAACUGUUCUUCUCAGUUGCGCUUUCUUGUAUGACAUUUUUUGGGUGUUUGUUUCUAAAUUGUGGUUCCAAGAGAGUGUCAUGAUUGUGGUUGCUCGGGGUGAUAAGAUUGGAGAAGAUGGCAUACCGAUGCUGCUAAAGAUCCCUCGAAUGUUUGAUCCUUGGGGUGGCUACAGCGUCAUUGGAUUUGGUGACAUUAUCGUACCAGGACUGCUAGUAGCAUUUUCAGUAAGGUAUGAUUGGCUGUCAAAGAAGAAUCUUCGGCGUGGAUACUUUUUAUGGGCAAUGAUUGCUUAUGGGUUAGGUACGAACAACUAAUCUAUGUGUGGGAAUCGGCAAAUUUAUUCUCUCUUAUUUUCUGCUUGGUGUUAGAAGUGCAUCACUGUGCGUCUGUUUAUGCGGUUAAGUUAUUGCAAAUAAAAGAAUGGGAUUUCUUAGGCUGAGUUUGAUUAGAAUGAAAGUGAGGGGAAGAGAAAAAAUGGAACCCUUUCUGAGUUUGUUUAGUAUGGAAGUGGUGGAAACUACAAUAAAAUAAAUUUUCAUGUACAACGUAUAUUAGCAUGGUAACCGAGUCUUUAAUUUCUUGCCAAAAAUACAAGAAACACAAAAAAAGUUAAAUUUGUCCAUGCAAAGUGUUACUUAUAAUUUUCCUUUC